AUGAGCAAGCCCAGCUACCCCACCCAAAACCAAGGCGGUCAGCAAAUGUACCAGGCCAGCGAUGGAAACUGGUACCCCACCAGCUCCAUGCCCCAGAACUGGCAAGGCCAGCAGCAGCCUCCCCAGCCUAGCUACGGGGGUGGUUACCAGCCGUAUGGCCAACAACAGCCGAUGUAUGCUCAUCAGACUCAGCCGGUGUAUGUGCAGGAUCAGCGAGGGAUGGGCGCUGGUGCGGGUGCGGGCGCGGGAGCUGGUCUCUGUGCUGGUCUCUGUGCUGGUCUCCUAUGCUUUGACCUGUGUCUCUUCUGCUAA